UUUAAAAAUAACAUUUGAAUACUUGACUCUACAAUUAUUAUAAAUACAUAUAAUAAUAAUAAUAUUUAAAUAUCAAACAUAAUGUUUCAAAAAUUUAAUAGCUGGCUAAUAAAUAAUAGGGGCCAAAUCGGGUACACAACACUAUGUGUAUUAGCUAUGGUUUUCGGAUACCUAUUAAAAACAUAUUACCCGCAAAUAAAAGACGAAAUGUUUAUGAAAUACCUGUCCCUUCCGGGCACAAUAGUUGGCCGUAUAUUCUGCCUGAUUGUCGUGCCUAUGAUUAUCACCUCUUUAGCCACUAGUAUUGGCUCGGCAAAAUCUAGCGAAAACAAGAAAAUACUAAAAUGGACCUUUACCCUAUUUUGUAUAUAUUCAUCAUUGGCGCCACUGUUGGGGUCGGCGCUCAUGUUUAUCGUCAGACCAGGUGUACAGUCUGCUGAGGAACUGGCGGUUUGGAAAAAUCAGUCCACCUAUCGAUAUAACCCUCAUUUGGUGGCACAGGGGACAGUUAGCAAAGAGGAUACCCUACUUGACUUUAUCAUGUAA